AUGGUCCCAAAUCCAACGUCCCGUCCACGUCACCUGGCAAACCGCAAGCCCGGGAAAGGCAUCGCUAGAGUCCUUGCGCGCCCGUCAAAGCCACAGCUCUCAUCUUGGCUAUUCCUGCGUUCCUCUGCAGUUGCACCGAGCUCAACCAUCACCACCGUCCAACUGGCUUGUCCUGCACAAGCUGCUUAA